CGUUAUCUGUGCAUACGCGUUACAUAUCAAAUGAAUAUGAAUUUUAAUUACUAUACAUUAUUAUUUGUUUUAAUAAGCGCGCCUUACAUAAAUAGCGCCAAAUUCACAUGUCUCACGGAUGGCGUGAAAAAGGAAACAUCUUGUGCAGCAGAUUCAUGUUUUCUUUUAUACAAUAAAUAUAAAGGUGUGCGGGAGUAUGGUUGCAUAAUAAAAAUUACGCAGAGCCAAAGAAAAUACUGUUUCCGUCAUCCAGAAUUAUGCUUUACCUGCGACACGAAAAACUGUAAUUCAAUGAAACUGAUGAAACUAUGCCGCGAAUGCCUCACAAACGGCCAAGGCGGAGACGAACGUUGCACCACCGACCCAGCAGCACUCGGGAAUCGAUCGGUCACAUUGUGCUACACCGAUUGUGCCGCAUAUAGAGUAUUCGAUGGUUCUAAUGUGCGGGGGUGCUUUCCAGAAGGGAGCGUUUGUACUCCUGGCAGUUGCAUUCGUUGCUCCGAGGAUAUGUGUAACGACGUAAAAGUUCCUGAAUUUCGUCGAAUAUGUAACACCAAUAGCACAACAUCAGAAAUUUGCUCUGAAGUCGAUGACGCCUGCAUGUGCGUUUUGAACUCUGCAGGUAAACCUGUGACUUGUGGUUGCAAGCAGCGUUUACUAAAAGACGACAAGAUACAAAAUUUUUGCCAAAAACAAGCACAACGUUGCCAUGAAUGUACUACGAACAACUGUAAUCACAAUGAUCUUCAAAAAAAGGAGGUUUUUAAGAUUUGCGACCAGGAAGACGAUAUAUGUGAGGUGGAUCCUUAGAGUUCGAUAAAUAAUUGGCGAACUGUCAGAGAAGGUUGUCGGUGGGUGUAUAGAUAUAUAUAACCAGAAAAAUUGUAUCAAGCAAAUUAAUGUAAUAUAUCAACAUGUUGAUAAAUAUAA